GAUAUGCCCAUGGAAAUGAGUAAUGGGACAAUUGCACAAGGAUUCAUCUUGGAGGGGUUUCCUGCUGUCCAGCACCUGGGGAAGGUCCUCUUCCUGGUGCACCUGCUGGCAUACCUGGCAGCUCUUGCAGGCAAUGUUGUCAUAGUGAGCAUCACCUGUGCUGACUCCCGUCUCCACACACCCAUGUACUUUUUCCUCAGCAUUUUCUCCUUCUUGGAGUGCUCCUGUGUGACUGCUGUUAUUCCUAAAUUGUUGGUCAUAUUUCUUUUAGGCAAGCAAAAGAUUUCCUUUGUUGCCUGUUUCAUACAAGCUUUUGUCUUCGUAUUUCUGGGAGCAGUAGCUUUCCUCCUCCUAGCAGUGAUGUCUCUGGACCGGUAUGUGGCCAUUUGCAACCCCCUGCAUUACCCGACCAUCAUGAACCUGAGGACUUGCUUCCUCCUGGUCACUGCCUGCUUUGCUGUGAGCUUCAGUCUCAUUGCUGGUCCAGUAGUGAAGUUUUCCCAGUCAUCCUUCUGUGGCCCUCAUGUCAUUCCUCAUUUCUUCUGUGACUUUGGCCCUUUACUCCACCUUUCCUGUUCUGACACCAGGUCUUUUGAAACAUUAGCCUUUGUCCUCGCUUUGUGUAUCCUUUUGACAUCCCUUAUCGUAACCAUCAUUGCAUACAGCAACAUAGUAGUGACAAUCAUGCAUCUUCCAUCAGCCAAGGAGCGACAGAAAGCUUUUUCCACCUGCUCUUCUCACUUCAUUGUUCUCUCUCUGAUGUAUGGCAGCUGUGUUUUUAUAUACAUGAAACCAAAGCAAACAAACAGGCUGGUCUCCAACAAAGAGGCUGCGCUUGUAAACACAGUGGUGACCCCACUGCUGAACCCUGUUGUCUACACUCUGCGAAACAAGCAGGUCCACCAGGCCCUGAAGAAGACAAUAUGCAGAAUGAAAAUAUCAAGAUGA